AUGGAAGGAUACUUUGGAGAAUGUAACUCGUGCAGGAGAGCCAAAGAUUGCACUGAGGUACAAAAUAAUGGCAAGAACGAAAGUGGAGUUUAUCAAAUUGAUCCUGAUGGUAAAGGAUACUUUGAGGUCUUCUGUGACAUGACGUCAUCGGGUGGUGGUUGGACUGUAAUUCAAAGAAAUAUAAAAAGUGGAAAUACAGACUUUUAUCUGGGUUGGGCGGAGUAUAAACGUGGCUUUGGUAAUCUUAAAUCCGAGUUCUGGCUUGGAUUGGACAAGAUACAUCGACUAACAUCGGCAAAAAAUAAUAAACUUCGAAUUGACCUUAAACACAAGAAUGGACUUAAAAAAUACGCUGAAUAUGAAGAUUUUGUUGUAAAGGAUGAAAAUUCUAAGUAUCAAUUAAGUAUCGGAAAAUACACAGGAACUGCUAGGGAUUCAUUAUCCUAUCACAAUAACAUGAAGUUUUCAACCAAAGAUUCAGAUAAUGAUAAAGAUAGUAGUGGAAGUUGCGUUUAUAGUGGCUUGGGUGGUUGGUGGUAUAAUCAUUGUGGUCAUUCUCUUCUAAAUUAUGAAAAUCCUGCCUGGGGUUUUCAUGAAAACUGGAAAACCAGUGAAAUGAAAAUUAAACCAUGAAGACUUUUCAUAAAUAUUUAUAGUUUCAUGACAAUGAUCAAUAUAUCUAUCAAUACGUCAUGUAAAAAUAUGUUUGUUUAUGAGCAAAUAUGCAAAAAAUUGUGUUAAUUUCAUGAAGUAAUAAAA